CACCAAGGCUGAGUAAGAAACAGAAGCGACAGCUGGCAACACUGGAAUGUUCUCUUAGUCCAGACAUGCGUCAUGUUACAUCAACUGUAGCCCUGAAGCCAUCAGGAUUUGAUCUCGAAUCUAAUAUUACGUCAAGUCAUAAUCCAUAUGAGUUAACUGAGGAGUCGUACAGAGCUCUGCUGUUGAACCACAAGAGAAGACGGUUGGAGGCUGAUGAUCACCCUGAGCUGAAUAUCCUGGGUAUUACAACACAAGACAUUGCUAUGCGUGCCCAACUUGGAAAACGUUUGCCAGUGAACCGAACCAACCAGAAUGCAGGAAAUGAAACAAAAACACCAACAAAAAAGAGAAAGGUAGAAGUAGCCAGCAACAAAGGAACACCCACCACAGUAGCUGGUCACAUCCCACAGAUGAGACACAGCCUCGGCAGUCCGCAGAAUGAUUUAGCAUGGUAUAUUUCAUUGCUUUUUGAUUCUGGUGUUCAAAUUGUGCAUUUUGUGUUCUGA